GUCAUGAAUUGCAUUUAUUAAUAUGUAAUUAUUGGUCGUUUACUAACAAUUUAAAUAUAAAACGAACAAUAAUUUUGUAAAAAAAACAUUCUAGCUCAGUUCCAAUAUUGUUUGUUCAUAUUGUUUAUUUCAUUAUUUCACGAAACCUUACGUAGACGUACGCACGUAUUUAAAGUUGUGUAUUUUAUUUUAUAUAUUGUUUUAUUAAUAAUUUUUGUAACAAGUUUUGUGUGGUGUAGUUUUUGUUGUGAUAAUACCUUUGUUUGUUGUUUUUAUAUUUUUUUAACAUUAACCAUGGUAGAAUUCGGAGGACUGAUAAUUUGUAUACCUCUUUACGCCGCUGGGAUACUACUCCUAGGUGCAUCUCUGUCGGCGGGCGUGUUUAUAUUCCACAUAGCUGUCGUGCCUUUAAUCUUCAAAUACUGCAAGGCCUUUAGAAGAAAUCUAGUCUUCGCUAAUUUUGUACAAUGGCCACUCCACAUGAACUACGAGGAGCCGUCGGCGUCCGGCAUCGAGGGCGCCAGAAACCUCAGCAUAGAGUACCAGUCUAAGGUCAACAAGUGCAAGAUUAGGAUCGGAAUAUGGCACAUCCUGCCGCGGUCGUCGUACGAGCGACUGAAGCACUCGUACGACAAAUACGACAAAGACGCUAUGGAUCGAGUGCUCGGAGACGAACUGGCCAGCUCUAAGACUCCUGUUAUAUUAUACUGUCAUGGUAACUCGAACUCUCGCGCGGCGGUGCACAGAAUAAUGUUGUACAAAUUUUUCCAGAAGAUGGACUUUCAUACUAUCACUUUUGAUUACAGAGGUUACGGCGACUCGACAAACAUCCAGCCAUCAGAAGCGGGCGUGGUGGAAGACGCACUCGUGGUGUACGACUGGCUUCACUCCACUCUCACACAUAAUAAAAACGUAUUUGUGUGGGGACACUCUUUGGGCACAGCAAUCUCAUCUCACCUAGUAGGCAAUCUACAGGAGUUGUCAGUCAGACUACUAGACCGACCCACUCCGUUACCGAUGCCCAAAGGACUGAUACUCGAAGCGCCAUUCAAUAACCUGGCUGAUGAAGUGGCGAAACAUCCACUUUCUAAGCUAGUAACAUGGCUCCCCUACUACGAAGCAACGUUUGUGGCUCCAUUCCGUUCUAACGACGAGCAGACCUUCAAGUCGGACGAGCAUCUGUCCAAGGUCAAAUCUCUGCCAGUACUCAUACUGCACGCCAAGGACGAUAUUGUUGUGCCUUUCAUUGUGGGCGUUAGGCUAUACCGCUCAAUACAGCAAUCCCGUACUUCGAAAGACGCGAGUAUCACGCUACACGCGUACGACAAGAGUCAGAACUUGGGACACAAGUGGAUCUGCAGGGCGUCUGACCUGCCGCAAGUUGUUGGGGACUUCGUGAAUAAUCUGUCAGAGAAAUAAAAAAAAACAACGAUCAUAACAAUUGUUGUACAUUGCCUUACAAUAAUAUAAUGAUACCCGAUUUCAAUUAAUAUUUGCCUUAUAAAUACAAUAAGUUCAUUCGAAAACUAUUUUGUACGCAAUUUUACCUCUUUUUGCAAGAUUUAAAGAUGUAGGUAAGAUUUAGAAAUCGGGUUGAAUCGAGAAAGGAGAAAUUAAUAUUACUCAUGGAGAACAAAAUGACUAGCGGAGAUAUCAUAACGCAAAAUCUCCUAAGAAAGUAGCACGACAACAUGCGGGUGUUCGGAGGACGAGGAACGUUACUAGCUCCGCCCUUAUACGCCUUCUAUGGAACCCGCCCAUAAUUUUCAAAAUAAAAUCACCAACUAAUCAAAACCAAUCUUUGACAGAUUGGUUUUGUUUUGACAAGUCACCCGAACGUCUCGUUAGUUCUAGUAACUGAUCACGCCUACCGUACGUUGCUUGAGCUACAAGAAGGCGCCUGACCUACCUUCCUUAUGGCAUCUCCGCUAUCUUUCCUUUCUCCCUGAUUACUUAAAUAGUUAGGGCAAGUAAUUAAUAUCUACGAGUCCUAUUAGAUAGCUAAAUAUACAACUAAAAUGCCUGAAAUUGUAUAUGGGAGCUUUUUUCUUAUUUAUUAAACUGUCAUGUUUUUGCAAGUUAGUGUUGCCGAAGUAAAAAAAUAUUAAAGUCACUAUAAAAAUAAUGUUAUUCACAAGUAAAUAACAUAUGAAAACACCCCAAAAACGGUUUACCACUUUCUAGUGUUAACAUAAAUAAGUUUUUUUUACAAAGAAUUAUCGGCCUUAAAACAUACUCAUAGACUUUAGAAUCGCUUAGCAACGAUAAAACUGGCCUAAAAAUAGUACUUAGAUAUAAUAUUUCAUGACAAUAUAGGAUUAAAUAGUGCAUAAUAAUAUUUUCCUAUUGUAUGUGACCAAAGUAAUCUAUUAAAAUAAAAGUAAAAACCUUUUUUUCGUUUUUGGCUUAUGAAACGGCUGGACCGAUUUGGAAAACUUCUAAUUUUAAUUCG